AUGUGUGUGAAUGAGAAGAAAUCAGAUUUCUACACUGCAAAUUUAGAAGGACCAGUAAUUCAGAGAAUCAAAGAGGUGUCUGGAUUUAAUCAUAGUAGGUUGCCCUUCAAGUAUCUUGGGGUUCCCAUAUGUGCUAGAAGAAUUGGGGUUACUGAGUGUGAAAAUCUUCUAGCUAAGAUGUGUGCAAGGAUCAAGAUAUGGAGCAGUAGGAAUAUCUCAUAUGCAAGAAGAGUCCAGCUGGUCAAUUCUGUGCUGUUGAGUAUUCACAUAUACUGGGCUCAAGUGUUUAUGUUGCCUAACAAUGUACUGAAAGACAUAGAGAAGUUAUACAGUGUCAAAGAGGCUAUGAAGGUUCACUACUCUGUAACUGAAAUGCAAAAUAUGUCUCAGCUGAAAGUGAAAGAGGUGUAUAACAAAAUCAUAGGGGAAAAAGAGAUGGUAUACUGGGAUAAAAUGAUACGGAACAGAUUGGAAGUUCCAAAGCAUAGAAUCAUAAGUUGGCUAGCUAUUCAAGAGAGGCUUAAGACAACAGACAGAUUAAGCCAAAUGGGUGUCACAUCUGAUACUCAAUAUAGGUGUCCAAGCUGCAACUUGGAACCUGAGACAAGCCAACACAUCUUCCGAUUUUGCUCUCUAGCUACUGCUGCUUGGCAAACUAGCAAACUAUGUAUUAUUUCCAACGCUACUCCCCUUGUGGCCUUUAAAGAUUGGCUCAUUGCAUGGAUACACUAUUUCUACCAGCAGGAUGGAUAUAACGGUCUUCGUCUUCUCGAGUUUGUGGCUAUUUUAUGGGCUAUUUGGCAGGGUCGAAAUAACAAGGUUUUCAACGAGACAAUACCUGAUCUGGCUUUACUUCGCUCAUUCCAGGAUAAUGGCAUUCAGCAGCACUUCACUUUUACGGCUAAUCCUAUUCCUCGGCCUAGCUCUUUGCAUGGGGCUCCAGGUCCUCCUGGUUUCCUUUUUGCACAUUUUGGGUCAGCUUUCUGCGGGGUACCACAGUUACAUUUACAAGUGGAUGGUUCCUGGAAGAAAUCUUCUAUUCUUGCUGGUAUUGCCUGGAUUGCGGAUCAUGUUACCACUCAAGCUACAGAAGGACAAGGAGGCUGCAUUUAUGCUGAGUCACCACUGGUUGCUGAAGCACAGGCUUGUCUGGGGGCCUUGAUUUGGGCUCAAGCUCGAGGUUAUUGCCAAAUUUUGAUCUAUACCGAUUCUGAAGUACUGGUCCGGAGUUUACUUCAUCAAGACACACAACCUAUCUCGAUUGCAUGGACUCUCAACGACAUUCGCUCCCUUGGACAUCAACUCCAAUGGUGUCGAAUUAUAAAAGCUAAUCGUCAACAUGUUCAGAGGGCGCAUGAACUGGCCAAUCAUGUUCGCCUAGAACAUAUACCUAUGGUCACUCUGUAG